AUGGCUCCUUCUCACCGUCUUCUAUGGCGAGGUGCUCUCUCUCAUCCAUUCACACAGCUCGACGGCGUCGCAUUCAUCGCUCAUCUCCCUCAGAGCACAGAGUCACCAUCAACAACACCGACACACAGCAAGCUAGGCGCGCUCGAUACACCGACCGCACUCGCAUUGGAGACGCUGAGAGGGAGACCCUCUCUCCCCGUAUUGGGAACUUGGAAAGGAGAAGUCGACGUCGAGCAGGGGAUCCGAAUCCAUAUCAACCCUUCCUGUCAUCUCACAGUCGCCUACUUCACGCGUCUCUUCUCUACACCACCCCUUUCCCCAACCUCCCAACACACUCCAUGUCUUCGCAUCUCCCUCUCCUCCUGCACUCCAAGUGCAGAAGACGAGCUCCUUCUCUUUCCAUCGCCCCUCCCAUCAGGCAACAUCGAGAUCCUCGUCGCUCGUCCGCGUCCCUCCCUUCCCAAAGCGAAGCGUCUCGUUCCAAGACCAGACGACCCCCUCCCACGCCGAAUCCAGGACCUGCGAGGCCUGGAUUUACAGGAGAGGGGGAUCAAGCGGACUUCUAGCAAUGGCCCGGAAGCGCUGGAUGACGUCUUCUCGGCAACGGCAAAACGUCGGCGGAUAUCUGAUGAGCCUCCUACUAAGCCUGACCGGCCCUUUGAGAGACGCAAAUCCGGGAAACUUGACAAGCUGGGGAAGGAGAACCUCGACCAGGAGGCAGAUAGGAGCAUGCCUCCUCCCCUCGUUCCGCCCAAUUCGGAGCCUUCGAGCACGGAGGAACAGAACAAGGCACUGAUCAAGAAGCACAUUGUUACCUCGUUGGCUAACGCUGGCUGUGGCCGUGCACACGCAGACUUCAAAGACUGCUUUUCAAUCGUCAACCGCGGUGUGUCCUUCGCCUUGGUACGUUUCUUUCUCUCGGUGUUACAGCAGCCACUGAAGAGCGAGAAGAGGAAACAUCUCAAGCGACGCAAGCUGGACAGGGAUGAAGUCGUCCGCCUCGUCGGUGCCCACGUGGGGAUGUACUUCGUCCCUGACUCGCCUGUCAAACCCUCUCGCACCAGCCGACCGAGGGAAACCCUCGAACGCGCAGGGUCGGAGGAGGUCAUCUGGGCAUGA